AGGAACCGAACCCAUAUUCCAUGCUUAUCCGGUUAUCCCCCAAACCGAACACACCAUAUACUUUCAAGAAUCUUGUCCCCGAGCGCGAAUCCAACGCAGAUGUCGUCGUCUUGUGGUGGGAUCCAGAGCCUCAUCUCACGAGCAGCGAUUCGAUCAAGAACACCGCAAUCCUUAUCUUCGUCUUCUUCAUCUAUCGAUAGCUUGCUUCUUCGAUCUGAUUCCAGCAAAUCUAAGCCUUUCUCUUUGUCCUGCUCUCGUUUCGUAUUCCUUAGCUCCGCCAUGCGCAAAGAGGAGACCGCCGCCGCCGCAGCCGGCGAAGUCUCCGUUGAUCCUGACAUGGAUGCGGUACAGAGGCGACUCAUGUUUGAGGACGAGUGCAUUUUGGUUGAUGAGAAAGACAAUGUUGUUGGCCAUGAAUCCAAAUACAACUGUCAUCUGAUGGAAAGGAUUGAGUCUGAGAAUCUGCUUCAUAGGGCUUUUAGCGUUUUCCUGUUCAACUCAAAAUAUGAGCUGCUACUUCAGCAAAGAUCUGCGACAAAGGUGACGUUUCCUUUGGUAUGGACCAAUACAUGCUGCAGCCAUCCACUUUAUCGUGAAUCUGAGCUUAUAGAAGAAAACUACAUUGGGGUUAGAAAUGCUGCUCAAAGGAAAUUAUUAGAUGAACUCGGUAUACCUGCUUCUGACCUGCCUGUUGAUCAAUUCACACCUCUUGGACGAAUACUUUACAAAGCCCCAUCUGAUGGAAAAUGGGGAGAGCACGAGCUCGAUUACCUUCUUUUUAUUGUUCGAGAUGUCAAUAUGCAACCAAAUCCAGAUGAGGUGGCAGAUGCAAAAUAUUUCAAUAGAGAUCAAUUGAAGGAGCUGUUGAGGAAAGCUGAUGGUGGAGAGGAUAGUAUAAAGCUAUCUCCAUGGUUCAGGCUGGUUGUCGAUAACUUCCUGUUCAGAUGGUGGGAUCAUGUUGAGAAAGGUACGCUCCAGGAGGUAGCUGAUAUGAAAACUAUUCAUAAGCUGUGACAUAGAAGGUGAACAUGAUCAGAAAAGGUUUGAUACCAGUUGAUCAAAUGUUUGUGCAUCAAUAUUUUGUUGGAAUAACCAGCAGCUGAAAUGUUUGCUGAUAGGAUGAGACUAGCAUUUUGUUGUUCUAUUUGGAGUCCUCUUGUUGUUUCCUUCUGCAGUUUUAAAUUCAAUUGGUUAUUAUGAUAAUCUGGAUCAUCAUUUUCGUGAGUCAAGUUUCGUUA